GACGCUGCCACCCCUCGGGAGCAGGACACAGCUCCGGUAGAUGGCACACGGGGCCAGCGCUCCGAAACCCGACACUGCCAGACACUCCCUGCAGAGCCAGGAACCAGGAAAUACAACUCGGGCUGUGCAGAAUCGCCGGGGCUCGGCGGGGGAAGGAGGACAUGGGCAACCUGUGCAGCCCCUGGUGAGUGCUGAUGGUCCCGGGCAGCUCGCGGCGCGAUUUUGGGGAGCUUUGUGCCCUUUCCUGCGGGCUGGCCAAGGCUCUGAGCGCUGCACCUGGCCGGGGAGGGACAGGAAGUGUCCUUCGCCUUUCAAAAGGAAGAAAGAAAAGCAAGGGGCUAAUGUGAGGCAUGAGGCCCAACAGCAGCAGCCUGGCAGGAAGGUGCCCACGUAUGAAGAUGUCCCCGAUGUCCCUGUGUACGCCACGGUGAGCCCGCCCCGGGCCGUGCAGCAGGAGGAGAGCAUCCACUACGCCGACAUCCAGCUGUUCUGCAGGGCCGGGGGGCGCCCGGCAGCCGAGCCCAGGAGCCCAAAGCUGCACAGCGCCACCGAGUACGCCACCCUCAACUUCCCCCGGGCCAGGCUCAAGUACGACAGCAAAAACGGGACCCUGGUCUGAGACUGGGCGGGCUCAUCCUCCUCCUCCGGCAGGAAAAGGAGCUCAGAGCCGCGGAGGCAAAGGGAACCUCCCGGGCACUGAGGGGAGAGAUUCUCACUGAGGAGGUUCCCAGCUGGCAAAAAUCACCUCCUGCCCUCGGGAGAGCUGCCCUGGGGCUGGCAAAAAUCACCUCCUGCCCCGUGGGGCGGCAGAGCUGCUGCUGGGCUGGGGAAGGCUCAGGGCUGCAGGGGGAAAACCCAGUGCUGGCUUUGGGAAUCCAGGAAUUCAGGAAUCCAGGAAUCCAGGAAUUCAGGAAUUCAGGACUAAAGGGAGGUUUUGGUUAAGAGCUCAGUGUGCAGAGUGACCUUCAGCAGGACCUGCUGCACUGUCUCCUUCCAACAGCUGCCCCUGUGUGCAUCCCCUUCCCCCAAAAUCAGUGUUCCACAGCCAUGCUCAGCACCUGGCAGCCAGAAAUGCAGAAUUCGGAGGGGUACAGAACAAUUCCUGCCGCUGAUGUGCUGCUCAUCCUCACUCCUCUAUGCAAACAAACGAGCAGUGAGCUCCUGGCUCUGACUGGAAGUGAAACAAGGGAAAAUUGGCAAUUUAGCUGCAGAUAUAUUUAGAGCAGUUCUCAGAGUCCAGCAGCUGCCUGAGACACUGGGAGUGAAUCCUGGGCAGCUUUGGAAGGACUUUGGACUUUGCCUCCACUUUUUGCUCCGUUUGUGCUGGUGAUAAACCCCAGUGACACAGAGCACACACCACCUGGGGGUAUCACCUCCACCUCCCAGAACCUGUUUAUGGGUUUGAAAUGGUGUCAAUAACUCAGUGUAGCAACGGUCCAGGUGGCUUCUGCCCCUGGGCAGCACUGGCAGGGCACCAGGGCUCCAUCUCCAGGCGCUGAACCAGGGCUUGGCACGUCCUGCUCCUCAGCUGUGGCCUGCAGAGCAAACUGCGGGGCAGCCCCGGGCACGGGCACCUCCAUAAACACACACAAUCUGCAUUUUGUAACUCAGCUGGGUGUGGAAAGCAUGAAAAAGUUCCUGCUCGUGGUGGAAAAUGGAGCUGCUCCGGGCUGUGUUUGCCAAGGUGGAAGUUUGAGGACCAAUCUCGCAGUUUUUCUCCGUGUUUUAAUGAGUGCCCGAGCCGCUGGAAUGGUUCUUUGUCUCCCAUUCCCUGCUACAGCACCCUCGGGGCUGUUCCUGAAGUACGGCUCAUCCUAGAGACAAUUCCAGGCUCCCAUUCCGGGAUUUUAUCCGUGGGGAAUCGUGGAAGCCACGCGUUCUGCAAUAGAGGUUUUCCCGAAGGACUCGGUUUUGCACUGAAUAUUAAAACCUCCCGUAUUCCCGCGGCUGCCAUGUGUGCCAAACGAGUGUUGAUGUAUCAUUAAAGAUGCAAGAUUCAGUUUUAA